UUUUGGCGGUAAUUUUCAAAAUGGCGGCCGAUAGUAGUGUGGAGAUGAAUGAGAUCGGAAUACGAGGAAGCAUCGAGUCGCCUUCCUCAACACUUCAUAACUGUAUAAUGUUCUCCAAUAAUUAUAGAUGUCUUAGUGCGAUUUGUGACUUUGGGAUAGCCAUAAUCGCCGAAAUCGGAGAUGGGAUGAAAUAUCUUACGAUGAAAACCAAGCUCUCCCACGGCAAAGGCGAGACAUUGGAAGCACAGGCAUGGUCACCGGACGACAAGCUGUAUGCUGUCUGCGGGCGAAAUAUCCACAUUUAUAUGUCAACAAGAGGUUUUGUGGCUAUUCAUAGAAUUGAUCUCUACUACAUCCCAAAAGAUAUUACAUUUGCAAUGUUCCCAGAUGGUGAAGCUGCUAAGUACAGAACAGCGAUUGCUGGACCAAAUGGUGUUGAACUCACAGAUAUUGAGCUACUUGAGAAUUCCAACAGUUUAAAAAUGUCUGAUGUGUCUCCAUUACAUGCUGAUCUCGCCAUCAUUCUGGUAGAAUUCUCACCUGAUGGAAAUCUUUUAGCAGUGGCUGCCCUUGACUGCCACUUUGGAAUAUGGAACAUCUGUGGAGAUAGGAAAGACUUUUGGUAUGUGCACAUCAGUACUGUCCGGAUCACCAGCAUAGCAUUUGCUCCUGACAGUGAAAGCAUUGCUGUUGCAUGCUGGGAUGGGGCCUGUUUCUGCUACACCAAGGCCUCUGAUGGUGACAGAGCACAGUGGGUAGAAAGCAGUAUUGAUGGCACUGUCCAGGAAGUAAAGUCCUCUGGUGAUAAGUUCUCUGGUGUUCUGCCUGGCUGCUUGGCAUGCUGGACCAUGGACAACUCAACUACCAGUUUUUCAGUCUUGACUGAAGAAGGCUCUUGGAUCAAAACAACAAACUACAAGAACCAGAAUUGUCAGAUUCAGAAGAUAUCUGGCAGAGCAGACCACAUAAAAGGAAUGCGGACAUUCAGAGACUCAAGGGAAGAGGUGACAGUUUGCAUGUUGAGCUCGAAAAAGAUGCUUCAAAUAAAGCGUAUCAAUCAAACAGACAGGGCUCACAAAGGAAAAGAAGAAGUACUUCUCGUUGAAAACGUUGAAGGCUCACUAUGGCUUAUAAGAGAUUUCCAUGGCGCGCCGAACUCUAUGUUUAAAUUAAUCACGCCUGAUGCCGAGACAAUAAGGGCAAUAAAACACUUCGAUGAAACAUGCUUGGCUGGUAUGAAUUCUCCAAACAAAGAGCCUAAAACAAAGAUCAAAACCGUGGCGGAGAGUUCUCGAAAUAUUUUUACAACAACUGAAGAAAGCGUCAAAAAAAACAAUCAAGCUUCCCUGGGUGCUGGUGUGACAUAUUUUUCUUGCCCAUUGGAACCGUCUUUACUACUUGGAAAUAGUGAAGAGCCUUUGACGUCACCCAAAGACGCAACCGUAUUGGUCAGUCUGAGUCACGUGGUUAUUGUGAGGCGCAACGUGGUUGCGUAUGUGUACAGUCGUGAAAAAGAUCAGUGGAGAGCGUUACUGUUGGACGAAGAAGUCACGUGUUGCUGUGUCACGCAAGGGCGUUACCUUGUUACAUGUAGCAGUGUGGUACAGUUCUGGUCUCUUGGUACUUUAGAUUUGGUCAGCGCGACACCAUUACCAAAGUUGUGUGUGAAUCCACAUCUGGUGGCUGUAGGCUCCGUCACCCAGCCUGUUGUACAGGUGGUGGACGUAGAUGGGUUUGGAGAGGGAGACAUCCUUACCUUUAGGCUUACUGACAAUUUCACCACCAGUGUUCAAGUUCAGCCAAUAUCCGUGCCCAGUCUCUCGCCUAAUGCACUGGGCAUGCGCGCGCCCUGUUGCUUUGUGGGGGGUCUACUGGUGGUUCGAUCUGAUACAUGCCGAUCUGCCGCGCAUGCGUGGUCCGUUAUUCGGCCGGAAUUGGGCGUACGUCGCGAUUUCAUGGAAAAGAGGGAAGUGAGCGUCGCGGAAUUUGUCGUAAAACAUCGUAAUGAUCUUAUGCGCUUAGACCUUUUGUAAAAAAGGAAUAGCACUUAAUUAAUAACUCCUGAAAACGUCAAAACCAAUACGCCAACAAACUUAAAUUAGAAAGUAUAUUUACCUUUUUCUAGUUGUGUUACGACAAACUAGACACAUUCAGGAAAGAUUGAACACUUACAACUAAGAUUCACAGUGCUGCAGUAGUUUUGUAAAAAAGGAUAUGGGGAAUAGUAAUCAGAAACAAACACAAGAGAGUCAUUGGCUUUGAAUUUUUGCAAUGAUACAGCCCUACCGGCAGUUUUUAAAAAAACCUCAAAAUGUAAUUAGUUGUUGUUUAUAAACUGCAAUUUAUUAAGAAUGAACAACAAUAUUGUAAAAACUAUCCAAAUACGUUGGAAUUAUCGCAAAAAUGCCAGAAGCCGUGAAAAUAUUUCCGAUGUCACUCUUAGCUAAGAGCGUCAUAUCCUCUCUCCCGCGCGCUGCUCGCCGGGAUAGCCUUUGUUUUUUUUUUUCGCGCCAGCUGGCUGGGGGCACGCGUCUGUUGUCAGACUAAAACUUUACGCUCCUAAAAUACAUAACCUUCUUAUUUUACAAAUGGAACUCAUAUGUUUUGGUUGCUUUGGACAUAUUCUCUUUACAUGGUUAUAGGACCCACAAUUUUAUUAAAUUUCUACAUUUCUAGUCGGUUGAAACAGUAAUAAUUUUCUUGUUCAAACGAUAUAAUAAACCACAAGCCUUCAUGAGAAAACUCCGGAAUGUGACGUUCGUCUUUCAUAGACAAUAACACAUAUUUUUUAUUGGAAUAAAAAUAAAUGGGAUAGAUGUAUUUUUUUAUUGAUUAAGAAAAAAAGGAUGAAUAGUGCGAUUUUCUCUUAAAUGAUUCUAAACUCCCUUGUGAACGAUAAAAGUCUCUUGGAAUCUAUUUUACAUUCCGUAUAAAUGUAAUGAAGUGUGAAGUAACUUUGAUGCUUGUGGUAAGACAAGGUUUUCAUUCAGUAAACCUAUUUAGCAUUUUAUCUAAUUUAUUUCUUUGUCAAUUUUUAGCCAAUCUGAUAAUGCAUAAUUUAAAAACAAAAUAUGGGAAAACAAUGAGCGUGUAGAGCUUUGGUUGUAAUUCAUGCACAUUGAAUGUAUGCAAACUCCCUAAAGAUUACGGCGUCGAAACUCGAGAAUACUAAAGGCCGGAGGAUUGGCUGCUUUUUAAGGGGUUUAUUAGAAAAAAAGAUGUCAAUUCUCGUGCGGCUGUCUUAAUGAAGCUUUAAAGAUUUUAAAGACAAAAAUGGGAGACGAACAAUUGAAGUUAAAACCGCUCUUUACGAUAGAAAAUCUCAAUUUAUCGCUUUCAUCUCAUAGUGGAAUAUAAUGAGACAGAAAACGAGACCAUCGACUAAACCUUUUAACCCAUCGUCGGGUCGCAUUUGAUUGAAAAUCAUGAGUUUCAAGACAACGGACAUUCGGAGUAUAAUCGCACCGUCGAAAAGAGUUGUUACAGUUCGCAAGGUUGAAAGCGAUGGGGAUGUCAAA